AUGGUUGAAAUUAACGAAGUCAAAGAAUCCACAGAGAGAGACACGAGGACUGCAGCCCAUACUCAUAUCAAAGGCUUGGGUUUGGAUGAACAUGGAAUCGCCAAAAAGAUAGAUGGCGGUUUUGUUGGCCAAACUUCCGCCAGAGAAGCAUGUGGUGUUAUUGUUGAUUUAAUCAAAACGAAAAGAAUGAGCGGCAAGGCGAUUUUGUUGGCCGGCGCCCCUGGAACGGGAAAGACCGCUUUGGCCUUGGCAAUUUCGCAGGAGUUGGGCCCCAAAGUUCCCUUUUGCCCAAUUGUCGGUUCGGAGUUGUAUAGUGCGGAGGUUAAAAAGACGGCAGCGUUGAUGGAAAACUUCCGCAAGGCCAUUGGUUUGCGUAUCAAGGAAACAAAGGAGGUGUACGAGGGAGAGGUGAUUGAGUUGAGUCCGGAAGAGGCCGAAAACCCGUUGGGGGGUUACGGUAAAACUAUUUCCCACGUCAUUGUCGGAUUGAAAACAGCAAAGGGAACGAAAAACUUGCGUCUAGACCCUAGCAUCUACGAGAGCAUUCAGAAGGAACGCGUUGUUGUGGGUGAUGUCAUUUACAUCGAAGCCAACACCGGUUCUGUUAAGAGAGUCGGCAGAUCGGACGCUUAUGCGACAGAAUUCGACUUGGAGGCAGAAGAGUAUGUGCCAUUGCCAAAGGGCGAGGUUCAUAAGAAGAAAGAAAUUGUACAAGAGGUGACUUUGCAUGAUUUGGAUGUGGCAAAUGCCAGACCACAAGGCGGCCAAGAUGUUCUUUCGAUGAUGGGACAGUUGUUGAAGCCCAAAAAGACAGAGAUCACAGACAAAUUGCGUGCUGAAGUCAACAAGGUGGUGGCAAAAUAUAUCGACCAAGGCGUGGCUGAGUUGAUUCCGGGUGUCCUCUUUAUUGACGAGGUGAACAUGUUGGACAUUGAGAUUUUCACCUACUUGAACCGUGCUUUGGAAAGCUCCAUGGCUCCUGUUGUUGUUUUAGCUUCGAAUCGGGGCAUGACCACCAUCCGUGGAACAGAAGAUGCAACCAAGUACCCUCACGGUUGUCCACCGGAUUUGAUUGACAGAUUGUUGAUUGUCAAGACCUUGCCUUACAACGAAGAGGAAAUCAAGGUGAUUAUUUCCAAGCGUGCGACAUUGGAAAACCUAAAUGUGUCUGGCGAUGCAUUAAGCAAGUUGGCACAGCACGGCGUGCAAAGUUCUUUGCGUUAUGCGUUGCAGUUGUUGGCGCCCGCAGGAAUCUUGGCCAAAACUGCAAACCGCUCCGAAAUUGGCGUCAGCGACAUUGAGGAAUGCGAGCUUUUGUUUUUGGACUCUCACCGCUCGAUGCAAAUUUUGGAGUCUACAAAGGGCUACCUUUAG